GCCGCCUGGUGCUACAGCCCAUCGGGCUUCUCGCCGGGGCACCUCCGCGCGCUCCGGGACUUCGCCUCCGAGCACUGGGCGCCCCUCUUCGACGGCCUCUUGCCCGCGCGCCUGGACAAGUCUCCAACCUCCAUCGGCGAGCUCAAGGCUUCCUUCGACGGGGCCAUUGUUGCGGGGUACAACAUUUUGUACUACGCCUCUUGCGAGUCGGGCGUCGUCUCCAGCUGGGUGGGCGUGAAGGCCGAGUGCGCGGACGGCGCGCCGUCGUGCGACGGCGUCCCGUGGGCCAGCACCCCGUUCGUGGGGGAGGCUGGCGCCUGCAGCCUGAGCGGGUCCCCGUUCGGCUCCUUCGGGCCCGGCGCCGCUCAGACGCCGUGGAGGGUAGCCCUGGACUACGUGCUCUUCCCCGAGGAGUCCUCCGAGGUUCUCGUGUACACGAGGCAGGGGGCCCUGGAGGAGGGCGCCCGCUUCGGCGCGGCGACCUACCUGCGGCGGCUCUCGGCGCACUACCGGCAGAGCGCGCAGUGCGACGGGGGGCAGCCGGGCGGCUGCGUGCAGCGCGGCCGGGUGGCCGCCCCGCUGCUGGCGCACGCGUUCGAGCCAGGCGCCCCGGCGCUGACCUGCCCCGGCGUGCCGCUGCCGGGCCACGACUGGUGGGCCUCUUUCAUGUCGUACCCCACCUUCACGGCGUUCGUCGUUCCCGUGGACGACCUCCCGCGGGAGCAGGGCGCCGCGUGGCUCGACACCCUGGCGUCCCUCUGCACGUUCUCCGACGACGGAGAGCCCAGCGGCUACCUGUGCUCUACCUCCAACUUCGAGCUUGACCAGGAGCUCGUGUCGACGAUGAUCAUGGCUGGCGCGGUCCAGCCGCCGAAGCCCGCGGGCGCGGCCGCGCCACUGCCCGCCAGCGCGGCCCCGAGGCCCGGCGGGGCUGCCGGCCCAGCGGCAGCGGCGGCCGCUGGGCGCGACGCCGUUGGCGCGGAGGCCGAGGUCGGCUUGUCGAUCAGAGCCCCUUCGACCGCCCCGAAGAAGGUCCUGGGCCAAUCGGCCACCCCGUAA